CGAAAUGCGGAGAUAUUGGUUCAGCAACAAAGAUGAGGAAUCCAUAAAGUAAGCAGGAGAAAGGGCUGGAGAAGAAAAUGGAGACAUCAAUGGAAGGAUCCGUUGCCGCGCCGAUUAUAUUCCUUAUCGUCGUCGCCGUUCAGUACUUUUCCCGUCAUGUCGAACUCAAUACCAGUAGAGUUGCUGUUAAUGCUGCGGAGUUGAAGUUGCGUGCAGAAAUUAAGCAGCUGCAAAAGGAAGCGAAUGCCAUGUCACAGCCUUCAACGUUUGCACAAGCUGCCAAACUAAGGAGGACGGCAGCAGCCAAGGAGCAGGAGCUUGCAAAAAAUCAAGAAAAGCUCAUGAAAGAGAUGAAAUCGUCAUAUGAUAAACACAGAAAGGCCCUAAUGGUUGUAAAGGUGUUGACUUACUUCAUGAUGAUUGUCUGGUUUUGGCGUAUCCCUGUGGCUUCCAUACCUAAGCAGCUCCUGCAACCCUUCGGUAGGAUAUUGUCUUGGCGGUCUGGAGGUCCAUCGAAUGAAAAUGUGAUGGUGGGAGUCAUUCCAUGGUUAAUACUGUCCACUAGAGUCAGCAAACUUAUCUGCCGGAAAAUAUUCAAAUAGGAGAGUAAGGCUCUAGAUACACACAUCAAUCGAAAAGAACCAAGAUGGUCAGUCUACUGAUGUGUAUUUAUUUGAUUGCAAUUAAUAUUCACAUCGAUGAAAUUUUGUCCUCAACGAGUCGAAUAAUACUGUAUCAUUUUUGACAAGAUACAUUAGUGUGAAGAGUAACUCGUAAACCUUUGUAUGGUAGUGCCAACAGUGGCAUUGCCACAAAAAGCAUAAAGCUAUGCUCACUGUAGCUAUAGAAGUGUGGAAUCAUGAAUAGUAACUGAAAUAAACAUAGUUAUAGGUAACAUUUUUUCUUUUAUCAAUAUUUCCAGGUGCCUUGUAAAACUUA